GGGGAGGGGAGAAGCCAUGGGAACCAGCAACCGUCUGGGUGUGAGGCCCCGAGGACUGGACCGAGAAAGGGGGCGGAAAGGAGCCGCUGGCCCCGCCCUCAGUCCCUACGCUUCCCCCUUGGCAGGAUUCGUUUGUCACCGCCGCCACCAGAACUUCCUUCAGGUUCUGGGUUUCCUUGCCACGAGGCGCGGAGACGCGGCGCCCGCACUCCACACCUUCCACAGCGCGCUCAGCCCGAGAUCUCCCCGGCAGGGAUGGGCGACCAGACCCGGCUGCCCUUCCCCGUGCUCCUCCUGGCCGCGCUGCCCACAGUGCUGCCACGGGGGGCGGCCGGCUUCACGCCCUCUUUGGAUAGCGACUUCACCUUUACCCUUCCGGCCGGGCACAAGGAGUGUUUCUACCAGCCCAUGCCCCUGAAGGCCUCGCUGGAGAUUGAGUACCAAGUUUUAGAUGGAGCAGGAUUAGAUAUUGAUUUCCAUCUUGCCUCUCCAGAAGGCAAAACCUUAGUUUUUGAACAAAGGAAGUCAGAUGGAGUUCACACUAUAGAGACCGAAGUUGGUGACUACAUGUUCUGCUUUGACAAUACAUUCAGCACCAUUUCUGAGAAAGUAAUUUUCUUUGAAUUAAUCCUGGAUAAUAUGGGAGAGCAGGCACCAGAAGAAGACUGGAAGAAACAUAUUACUGGUACAGAUAUGUUAGAGAUGAAACUGGAAGACAUCCUGGAAUCCAUCAACAGCAUCAAGUCAAGAUUAAGCAAAAGCGGUCAUAUACAAACUCUGCUUAGAGCAUUUGAAGCUCGUGAUCGAAACAUACAAGAAAGCAACUUUGAUAGAGUCAAUUUCUGGUCUGUGGUUAAUUUAGUGGUCAUGGUGACAGUGUCAGCCAUUCAAGUUUAUAUGCUGAAGAGUUUAUUUGAAGAUAAGAGGAAAAGUAGAACUUAACUUAAAAGUAGAUUACUUAACACUGAAAAAAGCAAGUGGAAGAAUGCAGUAUGCUGUUUUAGUCCAUUAAUAGUCGUCUUCAAAAUGUUUUCAGGGAUUAACUGUAAAACAAGUAAAUUUUGAAUAUGAAAGUCUUAACUUUUCUUUUUAUAAACCCAUUUGUUCCUAAGUGUAUAUGAAGACAUUUUAAAUAUAAAAUACAGGUUUUAACUAAUAAUCGCAUUUUUCCAAACUUGAACAUUGGGCCUAAAACAUGUCUUUUACCCAGAAGUUUCUUUGUGAAAGUUAACUGUAGACAACUUCACUGUACUAAGUUAUAAAAUAUACGAGAACUAUAUGAUUAUGUGCAUCAGCUUUCCCUACUUAUACCCUUAUCUCAAAAUAUAAAUAAUAUAGCUCUGAAAUGUUUAAAAUUGAAUGUGAAAAUAUGAAACAUUAGAAAAAGUGUUAGUUUUGUAUACUUAGCCUACAUCCACAAAAGAUGUUUUAAGACUAAAACUCUUGGUUUAUCUCUGGGAAUUCUUAAAACUCUUUCAAGAACUAAAAGGCAUUCUUAUUAAAAUUAGGACAAGUACUCUCUUUGAAAUGAAUAUAUAUAACUAAAGGUCUCCUAAAGAUAUAUAAAAGUUGCUUGGUCUCUAUAAACAGGAUUCAUUCUGUAUCAACAUUAACUAUAAUACAAAAUUUUAUAAUUAAAAUUAUACAAAUUUAUUUUUAUAUUAUCUACUAACAGUGUUGUUAUAUCAUUAACUUUGAUAAUAAUUAUUAGAAGAAUAUACUACUGAAAGGACUUGGAUGUAGUAAAUAAACUCCUUUUUUGAGUUAUCAAAAUUAUCAGGAACAAAGAACUGAGGUAAACUUCAGAAUAUCUGACCCAAAGUAAAACUUUACCCUAUAUAAAGAACUGCGAAUACGUAUAAUCUGAGAGGCUCAUUAUGACAUCCCAAUCCUAAAGUAACUCUU